CGUACAGCCACCCACCAUGACCGACGCAGCUAUCGACGAGACGCCCAUCUCGCCCAUCCGCAGCUUGGAGCGCCGCGACAGCUUGGAGAAGCAUCUCCAGCACCGCCCGGAUCCCCAGGAUCUGAAGAACCGCCACAUCCUACUCGACACAAACACCGCUCCCGCCCUGCAAGCCAAGGCACUCGAGCUUGAGCGCCAGCGCGCCACCGAUAACCUCAAGAAGGGCCUCGAGCACCGCCCCGAGCGCGAGGCCCUCGUCGAGCGCAACAUCCUGCCCGACUCCAACGCUGCGCCCGCGCUGCAGGGCCACCAGCGGGAGCUCGAGAAGAACAUGCGCGCGGAUAGCUUGGAGAAGGGGCUGCAGCAUCGGCCGUCGCCCGAGGAGCUCGUGAAGAAGGGGAUUCUGGAGGCGGAUGAGAAUCCGUUGAAGGAGGAGUGAGUGAGAGGGAGGAAGGAAGGGAUGGCGGUGGGGUGGGAGCGGGCUGUUCAGCGGGUUCGUAGUGAUAGAUACGAUGUCGAGGCCAUGAUGAUGAGUGGGCACUCCGCGGUAUGAAGGAUAUGAGAUGACGGUCUUUUAGGCGUCGAGCGACAUGAUGGGAUUUGCGAGCGACUGGACUGGACCGGGCUCCAUUGUGCGCAGGACUGUGACAGUGUGCUUCUGGUCCUGCUAAGCGGCAGGCCAGUCUAUGGAUCUGGGUUUCGCAUCCGGUUUACAAUUGACAUGUAUUCUUCACUAAA